UGAGGCAGCAUCUUUAAUUUUCCCAGUUUGGUCACUCUACCAAUGUUUUGAUCUGCUGUUAAAUAAUAUUUAAGUUUUACUAAUUUAUCUUUUUUAAAAUGCCCAAGCAGCCCUCGUUCGUGUCGCGCAACCUCGUGGCCAUCGUGAUGAUACCCAGCCUGGUGGGCAUCCACCUGGGCUGGAGCUACAUGCAGAAUAACCGAAAACUGGUCACGGAAUCGGAACAGAUAGACCUGCCGCCGGUUACAUUCGCCAAAUUUGCGUGGAACAAGCUGACGGGAGCGACAGCGAGUACAAAGGCUAGCGGCAAUUCGACGGAAUGACGAUACACCUUGGGAUGAGCUUAAGAAAUACAAUAUAUUUAUUGCAUAGAUAAAUUAAAACUACAUGUAAACGGUA